CUGACCGGCAGUAGACCCGAAUCUGCAUUGUUUCGGAUCGAACAGCCAGAAACAAAGUUGAAAACCAUAUUCUCUUCGGUUUCUUCUCUCGCUUCGCUUUAAAUACUUACACAACCCCUGUAUCUAUAUACUUCUCCGAUAUCAUCUCCCACCUAACGGCUCUUUACUUCUCUCAUGGAUUCAACUACCAGCACGCUGUUCCAAUCUGCGCAUCCCGAGGGGCUCAUCUCCAUCGACCCUCUCGAGCUCAAAUUUCCACUUGAGCUGAAGAAGCAGAUCUGUUGCUCAUUUCAGUUGUCGAAUAAGAGCGAUAAGCAUGUUGCGUUUAAGGUAAAGACUACUAACCCGAAGAAGUACUCUGUUCGGCCUAACAAUGGUAUUGUGUUACCUCGUUCACAAAGCAAUGUAACAGUUACAAUGCAAGCUCAGAAAGAAGUGCCCUCGGAUAUGCAAUGCAAUGACAAAUUUCUUGUUCAAAGCGUAGCAGCGCCCGUUGGUGCCACAUUAAAAGAUAUUACCCCAGAAAUGUUUAAUAAAGAGGCGGGAAAUCAUGUUGAGGAGUGCAAAUUAAAAGUUGCUUAUGUCAGCCCCCCUAGACCACCUUCGCCUGUGCGAGAAGAGUCCGAGGAGGAGACAUCUGAAAACACUACUGCUGUUUCAAGAGGUUCUUCUGAGCACCAAAUUACCUCUGCCAAGGCUAAUGAGCUUAUAUCAGCACUUACUAAGGAGAAGCAGUCGAUUAUCCAAGAAAAUAACAGGCUUCAACAAGAACUGAAACUUCUGAAGAGAGGCCCAAGAAGAAACAAUGGCAGCGGCGGACUGUCUAUCUACUAUGUCGUUCUCAUCGCUUUACUUGGCAUUCUACUAGGGUGUUAUAUUAGUUCAUAACUUUUUCAGGACUUCUCGUAAUUAUGUCUGUUGCAAAGUUUACAAGAUGGGAAAGAAGAUAAUUUAGGUAAACAUUUAUAUUUGGGGUAGGACUUUUGGGGUUUGAAAAUCAUGUAAUAGUUGGAAAGUUAGUUUGUUGAGCAUGUCAAUUAACAUUUUAAGUGUUUGCUGUGAACUGUUGUGUGUUAGAUGAGUCUUCACAAAGCUUUCAUUUUAGCUUGAUUGUUGGAAUCAUGUCAGUGCUAAUUGCCUAAACUUUUUUAUUUUUUUGUCA